UUCGCCUGAUAGGUCGGAGGGCAAAGGUUGAAGAGCUUUUCCGGAAAAGACUUUGCGCAGGCGCGCCGGUGUCGGUACCGCUUUCCUUCGUUCAACUGAGUCGAGACCAUGGCGGAGGUCAUCGAGCAGCACCUCGAGGACCGGCUUCCGGAGCUGCUGCAGCUGGAGCGGGUUGGACUCUUCACGCGCAAAGAGAUUAAGGCUAUCAUUAAGAAGGCCUCAGCACUAGAAUACAAAGUACAAAGAAGAGCUCUUUUUAAGGAAGACUUUAUCAAUUAUAUCCAAUAUGAAAUCAAUCUUCUGGAACUGAUCAAGAAAAGAAGGGCACGCACCAGAUAUAUGUUUAAGAAGGAGGAGAUCGAGUUUUCCAUCAUACACAGAAUACAGAACCUCUUCCGCCGAGCCACGUCCAAAUGGAAGGAAGAUAUUCAGCUCUGGCUUUCUCACAUAGCCUUUUGUAAGAAAUGGAAUAACAAAACCCAAAUUAGUAAAAUAUUUUCUAACUUGUUGGCUAUUCAUCCAAACAAACCAGCACUGUGGAUCAUGGCAGCCAAGUGGGAAAUGGAGGAUUGCCUCUCUUCAGAGAGUGCCAGGUAUAUCUUUCUGCGGGCACUGCGUUUCCACCCAGAGUCUCCCAAACUUUAUCAAGAAUAUUUUAGGAUGGAGCUAAUGAAUGCUGAGAGGCAGAGGAAAGAGAAGCAGGAAUUUGAACGAGCAAAAAUGGAUUUGAAUGAACUCGAUUAUCCAGAAGAGAUCCUGAAUGGUGCCUUGGCACAGAUUAUUUACAAAGAAGCUGUCAAUAAAAUCAAAGGGGCUGAAUUUCAUCUUUCAUUGCUCUCCAUUGCAAAGUUAUUCUCUUUUACACAAGAUCUUCAGAAAGAGAUUUAUGACCAUCUGCAGGUUCUGCAUGCUGGGGACCCCCUCACCUGGGACUUUGUGGCACGGAGAGAGCUUGAGCUGGAAUCUCCACUUCCUGGAGAGCUCGCGUCCAAACAAGGGAAAGCUGCCGAGGUGGCCCGCAGAGAGGAACGCACCUGUGCCGUCUAUGAGGAGGCCGUGAGCUCUCUGGCCACAGAGGCCAUGUGGAAGUGUUACGUCACCUUCUGCUUGGAGCGAAUUAAUAGGAAAACAAAUAAUAAGGAGCUGAGAGAGAAGAGGCAGCAGCGGGCCAUGGAUGUAUUCAAGAGGGCCCAUGAAGCCAGACUGCUCCCUGAGGACUUGUACCAGCAGUGGCUUGACAUGCUACUGGACCUGGGCCUGGACGAGGUGGCCCUGGGAGUGGCCCUCACCAUGACAGACUGCUGCCCGGACUCGGCUGCCAGAUGGCAGCUGCAGCUGCAGCUGCUGAUCAGGUUGAACAACAGCAAGGUCGAAGAGCGCUUUGAGGAAGCUGUCCGGCACCUGAGAGCCAAGGAUUGUUUGCCAUUGUGGAGUUUGUGGGUGGAGUGGAGUGAAGGGGCCCACAGCCAAGAAGACACAGAAGCCCUCUUCCAGAAAUCUCUCCUUGCUACUGUUCCUGCUGACUCUGUGACCAUGAAAGAGAAAUACCUCGAUUGGGCUUAUCGGACCGGUGGCCACAAGAAGGCAAAAAAAGUCUUUACCAGUUUACGUGAAAACCGUCCAUUUUCAGUUCAGUUCUUCAGGAGGAUGAUCCAGAUUGAAAAAGAGCAGGAAACCUGCAAGAUGUUGAUUAGAGAGUACUAUGAGAGAGCCUUGAGAGAGUUUGGCUCUGUGAAUUCUGACUUAUGGCUGGAUUACAUCAAGGAAGAAUUGAACCAUCCUUGUGGCAAACCAGAGAACUGUGGGCAGAUCCAUUGGAGAGCCAUGAAGAUGCUGGAAGGCGAGCUGGUGGAGGAGUUUGUGACCAAAUACAGUUUACUCCAGAUGGGCCAGUUAUAGGAAGAGCCAACAACUGGACUUAUGGACUUUUUAAAAUAACCUGUGGUAGAUUUACAUUCUAGGUAGAUCUAUCCUUUGUACAGAGAUGUUUGUUUUUGAUUUAUAGUAAACAUUGGACUUUGCUGUUUGACUCCUAACUAAUAA